AUGGAUCCAGAAAGUCUUCUCGACAAAGCGGCUCUAUUGAAGGAGCCCGAGGUUAAGGAGCCAAAAGAUAAAUGCAUGACCGCAGCUCUUGUCCUUUCUAUUCUUGUUUUUCUUGCUUCUAUUGGCACACUUUUAUUCACAACAAGAUCAUACAUACAGCUUCAUCAAUCACGUGUUUUAACACCAACCGAUUCCAUAAUUCAACGUUUACUUAACAAUUCUAAUGAUUAUAUCCUUCCAACACGUUUUGGAGUUAAUGAGUCAUUUAUUACACCACCAACAGAUCAAAUGCAGCGUGGCACAUGCUGGAUUUUCUCCGUCGUAACACUUCUUGAGUCACAAUACCGUGCCCAAGGCAUCAAAAACGGCUGGUUAAACGAAUCAGAUUAUGUCAACUUUUCAAAGCAAGCCUAUGGUGCUUGGGUUGUUGACAAGUGCAUGGCUACAGGCCGUAACUCCUCAGUCUGCCAUCACAGUGGACUUUGGAUCAACGAAACAACAGAUGGAAAAGCCGAUUCUCUUGUUUCCCUUUCCAAGGACUAUCCAGACAUCAUGAAAUCCGUUCUCCCAGAGUCCGUCUGCCCAUACAUCCCAACACCAAGCGCAGAAACCGACAGAGAAUGCCCUGGAAUGGAAGAUGCCCUCAAGAAGAACCCAAUUGAGUUCAAAGUCCUCUCCUGGGAAGCCGCAUCCGAUGUCUACCACACAAAGAAGCUUCUCUUCAAAGCACAGCGCACAUUAACAGUUGGAACUCCACUUGCCGAAUUAAUCUACUACGUACCAUGCGACAGCGAUGCCUGGAAGGAUGACGAUGUUUGCACAGCCGCCAAGCGCGUUUCCUGCCCAACAAAUUACAAAUCCCAAUAUUGCGGAAUUGUCACAUUCGAAGGCCGUCUUCCUGAUGGCACUUUCACCCUCGUCGACGAGAAGUUCAACCGUUCCGCCAAAUGGGGCGGCCACGCUAUGAAUGUCGUCGGAUACAACGAUGAUUGGGUUUACAGGAACCGCCAUGUUACAGACGAUUCCUUAGCCAACCUCAAAGGCGGCUUCAUCUACCACAACUCCUGGCGCAACAACGGCCACUCAUUCGAGUAUUUGCUCGGUCGCAGAUCAGAAGAGAACGAAGCCGUCAUUUGCCCUAACCACAACCAUCCACAGAACUGGGUUCCAGGCAAACUCGACUGCCUCAAGCAAAAUAACGGCGAUGUAACUAAAUGCGGAACAGAAUACAAAUACGUACGCGGAAAAGGCACAAUCAACCAUACAGACAGAUUGGUUUGCGUCGAUAAGAGCGGUCGCUGCAAUCCAGAUAGAUACUACGCGCUCUCUCAGAGCGAUCUUCCAGAUGAAGAUGUCGCAAUCGACCAUCUCUUCACAGGAAUGGACAGAACGAGAUUUGUAUCAUGGAACAAGGACGGAACAGACGUCAAAUACGAGUACAUCGAGAAAGUUCCGUUCUCUUAUCUCUGGAAGAUCAUGAAUCCAGAUCCAGAAACAUUUGUAAUGAACGACAUCCACCAGUGCGGCUACUACAUGAUGCCUUACCAGGUCUUGGAGAGAAUGAACAGACAGAACUGGGCAAUGCUCGAUAACUACCACGCAACAGACAUUCAGGUAGAGUUCUCUCCGAAAUCGUACUUGGCAAACAAGAACAAGUACAAGGAGUUGGACUACUCCCUCUUAGAAAAGUCUUCUUGGACUAUCAAUAAGACCAUGUUCCAUGGCCCACUUCCAUACAAAUACGUCUUUUAA